GAAGUCCGAAGGCGCGUUGCGCGUGUGUGUGUGUGUUGUGUCAAAAUAAUCGAGAAAAUUUUGCGUGAAAAAAGUUUUCUCUUCACUUUUCGUGGGUUUUCUCGCCCAAAUUGGUCGGUGUGGAUUUGACGCGGAGGUGGAAAUUGAUUGUCCCGAUAGUGCUGGUGCGGUUGCGAGUGGCGGAAGAGUGGGAAAACAGGGCUGGAAAGUGGUGUGAUGUGCGAUUGAAUUGGUGGCACCCUUUGGUACGUGCAAUCUCGCGGAGUGACUGGCGAGCGCCCCCUUGCGCCGCCGAAGAUGAGAAAGUGCCACUUCCUCUCCCCAGUGCCCAGUGGAUUCUCGGGAGCGCGCGCGAACGUCCCAGUCGAGUCAUCGCUGCCCAGGAAGCCGCGCCAUGGCUGAGGACUACUCGGCGCAGAGCAACAGCGAUGAGUCAGACACGCCGGAGCUGAAGGGAUAUCUGUCCAAGUGGACCAACUACAUCCACGGCUGGCAGCCCAGGUUCAUCGUGCUGAAGGAUGGCACGCUGUCGUACUACAAGAGCGAGCAGGAGAGCGACUUCGGCUGUCGCGGGGCGAUCAGCCUCCAGAAGGCCACAAUCAAGUCGCAUGAGUUCGAUGAGUGUCGCUUCGAUGUGUCCAUCAGCAACUGCGUGUGGUAUCUGCGGGCGGAGAAUCCGGAGGACAAGACGCACUGGAUCGAAGUGCUGCAGAGCUACAAGACGGACACGAGCAGCGACGUGUCGCUGAGGCGCCACGGAAGCUCCGUGUCCCUGCAAUCCACCACACUGUCCACGGCCAGCGGCAGCAGCCUGAAGCGCGCCAACAGGAAUCUGCGCGAGAAGCUGCACGAGAUUGAGACGUUCAAAGACAUUCUCUACGGCCAAAUUGAAACGCUUCAAAGGUAUUUCGAUGCUUGUGCCGAGAUCAAUGGCCAGAGAGAUGGACAACCACUGGAGAUGGUUGACGGAUUGCGUCCGAUUGACUUUAAGGGUGAAGCCAUAACAUUCCGAGCCACAACAGCUGGUGUUCUGUCCACACUUCAGCACUGUCUCGAGAUGAUUGCCCAGCGAGAUGACAGUUGGCGGAGGAAACUCGAUCGGGAGAUUGAGAAGAGGAAGAGACUUGAGGAUCUCUACAGACAAGUGAAGGAGAGACUCGAGAGAGUGAGAAAUUCAUCCCUUCCUGGCCCUGACAUGGAGGAAGGACCUCACUCGACGCUGCCCGAGGAUGAGUUCUUCGACGCCGUGGAGUCGGGUCUGGACAAGAUGGAGGAGGACACACAGAUGCGCGUGCGCCUCAAGCUGCAGUCGCAGCUCAGCUGUCCGGACGCCUAUCCGGACGAGGACGCCGUGGCGGCGGUGGACGAGGAGGAGUUCGGCACUGGCGGCGAGGCGCAGACGCACCGGCUGUGGCAGGAGAUCGACCACAUGUGCGUGGAGCAGCUGAGCCAUGCGCGCCAGGGCGUUGGCGAGGGUGGCAAUGGGUGGCAGCUGUUCGCCGACGAGGGCGAGAUGAAGAUGUACAGGCGCGAGGAGGAGGUGAACGGCAUGGUGAUCGACCCGCUGAAGGCCUGUCACGUCGUCCAGGGCGUCACGGCGCGCGAGAUGUGCCACUACUUCUUCAGCCCGGAGUACAGAAUGGAUUGGGAGACCACGCUGGAGAAUAUGACCAUUUUGGAGACAAUCUCGCCAGACACUCUGGUCUUUCUGCAGACACACAAGCGCAUCUGGCCAGCCAGUCAGCGUGACGCCCUGUUUUGGUCACACAUGCGUCGAGUGACGGAUGAGGUUGAGGAUCCGGACUCUCACGAUGCCUGGAUUGUCUGCAAUCAUUCCACAGAGCAUGAAACUUAUCCGCCAGCAAAUACGGGCAAGUGUGUUCGCAUCUAUUUAACCGUGAUACUGUACUGUCAGACGUACGUCGGCGAGGCGGUGAAUGGGAAGGUGUCGAGGAAGGAUUUAUCGUGCAAGAUAACGUAUUGCUCGGUGGUGAAUCCCGGUGGGUGGGCGCCAGCCACAGUUCUGCGCGCUGUGUACAAAAAAGAGUAUCCAAAGUUCCUCAAACGCUUCACGCAAUAUGUUGUGGAUCAGUGCAAAAAUAAGCCCAUUAUGUUCUGAGAGGAGCGAUUGUGAGUGAAAUGAGCGGAUGACGGAGGAUUUUGUCACGCGGCGCGAAAGUGGACGUGAAGCUAAUGAGGGGGAAAAUACACUUCAUCUGCCAUAAGAUUUGAGGAUGAGCGAAGAGAGAGAGAGCGUCUUGUGCGAGACCAUCAAGAGCGUCACAGAGAGGAUGUGCAGAAAUGUGGAAACAACAAUCGAGAGUGGCCAAGUUUUCGAGGGUGGGAAGAAAAGCGCUACAAAAGUAUAUAAAAAAAAAACAUGUGGGAAUGAAUGAGCAUUUCUUGCUUCUCAAUAUUUUGAUAUUUGUUUCUCUAUAUUUAGGCUUAAGCGGGGAUUGGAAAGGAGGAAAUGCUGCGAUGAAAAGCGGGAGGGAGAUGAAAAAGUGUAGGGAAAGAUCAAUUGUUAUUUUGUAUAAUGUGUAAAAUUCUCUUAGGAAAGAAAGAAAGAAAAAUAAAGAAAAUGUGGAGUCUAUUUUAGCGUGAAAGCGUGAAAUUGUGAGUAAAGAAAUGAUAUUCAUAUUAGCUUUUUUUCUAUGAAUGUAAAUUAUGUACCUAAGGAAGUAUAAAAGAAAAGAGAACAUUUGAUGAAGAAUCCCUUAUUAAACUUUUUCGAUGUUAUACAUAUAUAUACAUAUAUAUAUAUA